AUGGAUAUCAACAAUUUAAUGCUUCAGAACUUACCUACAACAGUAGAGGGAAGAGAAGGCUUCUUCGAUAUGUCCGUUGACGAUAGUGCAGAUCUCAUUUCACCAAACUCAAACAACCCCAUUGAGUUCGUCACCGAUAAAACCACUUCUAGCAGUGGGAGCGAUGAGUGCAAGGUGGAGACUGAUGUAACCGACAACAAUCACUACUUCGCUAUUCCUUUAAAACACAUGCCGACAAACCGACCUGACAAAAACUGUAUUAACUUUACCACACGUGUCGAAAAGGGACCUAAAACAAGAACGGAGAUUUUGAUAGAUCGUAUUGAAAAAAGAGCGCCUCGUCGGGUUAUUCGUCGUAUACUAAAAUGCAGUAUCGCGUAUUUUAUAUCUACAUUAUUCAGUACUAUUCAUCCAAUAGCCGAUGCUUUGGGGAAAUCGCCGUUUCUUGUUUGUUCGGGUUGCCUAUUUAGUCAUCCAGGAAGAACAAUGGGUGCACAAUUUGACGCAACCCUUACAUCAGCACUUGGGGCCGCCGUAGCUAUAGUUUAUGGAUUAGCAGGUGUUGCUGCCGCCACGACUUAUAACGUGAAGUAUCCUGAAUCAAAUGCAGGAGCUGGUAUCAACUGUCUGUUUUUAUUGAUUGGUGUUUUUGGUGCUCAAAUAACAAGACAGCGAUUCCCAAAGCUUCACUUUUUUUCAUUGCAGUUUAUGGUUGUUCAGUUAUUUACAUUAACACUUGGUGUGGGUCAUACAGAAAUUCCUCUGCAGCUGUCGAGUCAAUAUGGUCUUACAUUUUUAAUAGGUAAUUUUGUUUCACUAUUUGUCAACCUUCUGUUUUGGCCAGAAACAGCGGUGGAUGGCUUAGGUCGCGCAUUAAGCCAAAAUCUAUUUGACACUCGGCAAAUGCUGGAUACAAUUACAAAACAGUUUUUUUUGGACCCUCAAUCAGAAAAGGUGCCUGCCGAAACUGUGGAUAAUCUUGCAGAAAAAAUGCGGUUAGGUAUGAUCAAAAUUAAUUCUGCUUACAAGGAAGCCAAGUAUGAAAUGUCAUACGCUUACUCAUGCUCUUCGGACUUGAACCCAAUCAGACAGGCCUUGGAUAGAAUCACAAAACAUCUCAGCAUUUUGGGUGGAAGUCUCAGAACUGAACAAGUUUUGUUUAAGACAGCCGAUGAAACAGUAGUUACGACGGAUGAAGAGGACUCAGAUGAUUAUUUGGAAUUGAAAAGAAAGGACCAUAGCCAUACCGAAUCAUACAGCAGCGCUGAAAACGCCGAAUAUCAAGGACGACAGUCAUCGUGGUUACAUCCCAAUGACACUCUGACCAGAGAAUUGAGCUUAAGAAAGUCUGCUAUGAAAGCUGCUAAGAGUUAUAUGAAAGAUGGUACCUACACAAGGCCUUAUGAAACAGAUUCAAAUUGUCAGCAAGAUGACAACAGUAAACCAUCUACUAGCAGAUCACCCAACUCUGUUCCUAACAAUAUGGAUACCAUGAUGGCCGAACAUGCAAUGCGAGAAAAGAGUAUACGGUUUGAAUACCCAUCUGUUUUUUUAGGAAAACUACCAGGACCUCGCAGCUCACGAACAAUUGCUACGGUUGUGUCAAAACAUGAAUCCGAGGAAGAGGAUAUUGCUGCAGACAAAAGGAAAAGUUUCCCUCAGUCAAUAAAAUCCAUCUUCUCUUCAUCAGCUGGGAAUGAGCACUCCGGGAAAGAAGAAGAAUAUUCAGAUUCUAAUCAAAAUACAGCCACUUCGAUCAGAUCGUUUCUUAACCUUGCCCGCUUAUCUACUCCCAAACAGAAACCUCCCCGUCGAUCAGAAAAAAAAAUUGGGUCAAAGGAGAGAAAUUUAAUGAUAGCGUAUCUUGAAAAAUUACGCGAUCCGUUGCUUUUACUUGCUGUUGAAUGUGCUACUGUUUUAGACUGUGUUCGUGAUAGUCUGCACGAUCAACUAGAUUUGUCUUAUGAGGAUGAAGCGGAUUAUAGAAGCUUCUGGAGAUACAUAUUACGUACGUUCAAAAUAAGAAAGUUCAAGAGCAAGGAGUAUUUAGACAAGAAAAGACCUGUCGAUUUUCUUUGUACCUGUGCCGACGCUAUGCAACAACAAAUUGUACAAUUUGAUAAAUGCGAGAAGGAAAGAAUGCGUGCCCUCUACAAAAUCAAUCUUUCUCAAAGACAUGGUGAGCCUCUUGAUGUUGGUAUUCGCGAGGAAUUAUUCCUAGUCUUUUUCUUUAUUUUCUCUUUACGUGAAGUAGCGAUUGAAUUAGAGCGUAUGGCAAACGAUGUUAGAAGUAUACAAUUAAAGACACAGAAAGAAACCGAGGAACAUCCUAAUAAAAAGAAAAAAAAGCGUCUGUACAUGCCGCAAGUGACAACGCAGUCAUGGAAAAAAUGGUUUUAUACGAGCACCUAUCAGAAUGUUCAAGAUCGUGGAGGAUACUCUUUCGGCGAUCUUCAACAACAUACGCCUGAUGAGGUAAAUCAAAGGCGGAUGGAAGAAGAAUACCGAUUAGCUAAACUAGCAACCAAUAAAAACAAUGCAAGUAAAAGAAAAGGCAGCUUGAAAUACAAGAGUCGAAUCAGUCACCCCAUUAACAAUAAUUUGACAUUAAACAAACUAGAGGAUGGGCCGUCGCCUGAAGAAAGUAAUGAUACAAUACAGCCACCACCUGUCAUAAAAUUUCGUUACCAAGUAUGGGCUUUUUUUCGAUACAUUCAAAAUUAUGAGUUUAGAUUUGCUCUUAAGUUAUCCAUUGCGGUUGGAGUAUUAACAUUGCCAGCUUGGAUACCUGCCUAUAGAAUGUGGUUCGAUACGAUUCGUGGACAAUGGGCGGCAUUAACAGUUAUUGCUGUUAUGAGUCCUACCAGCGGUGGUACUUUGUCAAGCGGAUUAUGGAGACUAGCCGGAACGCUAAUUGGGACUUUUAUUGCUUGGGCUGUUUUGGCAAUCGAUGCGACAAGUGGAUACUUACUUUCUGGGUUUGCAUUCGUUUUGGCUGUACCAUUGUUUUACAUACAUUUCUCCACGUCGUACAGUAAGGUGUCAAUAGUUACUCUUAUAUCUUAUAUGGUUAUCAGUUUGAGUCAGUAUGUAACACCAAUUACUGGUCAAGACAUAUCUAGGCUAGUAUGGCUGAGAGCAACUACAUUGGUUGUUGGUCUUAUAGUUGCUCUUAUCCUUAAUUGGAUGGUAUGGCCAUUUAUCGCACGUAAAGCUGUACGAAAGACAUUAGCAAACACAAUUGCAGAUCUCGGCGACUAUUACUCCUAUAUCAUGGGAACAUUUCUCUAUCAUGAUGAAGGAUUAUAUCCAACUGAUGAUGAAUUUAAAGAAGCGGAGAAAAUGGAACGGAAAUUAGAAAAGAUGCUAAAUACUUGUAACGAACUGUUGGAACUCACCGAUCAUGAACCUAGAUUAAAGGGGCCGUUUCCCAAAGACUUUUACAAAGAGAUGUUGGUCUCGGUGCAUAAUUUAUUAGACCGUAUGGUGAGUUUAAGAGUGUGUUUAAUGAAGAUGACUCCAGAAGUAAAAGACACUGUUAGAAAAAUGGACAAAUAUCUUUAUAGGCGAGAUAUGGUUGCCUCCAUACUACUACAUUUUUAUACACUUACUGCAUCGUUGAGAGCAAAGAUACCUUUACCUUCAUUCAUGCCUUCUUCACGUAUGGCAAGAAAAAGACUGCUACACCAUAGACGAAUUGAUGAUAGACCAGAGAAGCUACUUAGGUAUCGCAACUUAACAUGGUUUGCAAUGGCCUGUACCACUGAGGAGAUUAUAGAAGAGCUUGAACAUUUGACAGAUCUUGUCAGGUUUAUUGUGGGCGAAUCGAAAUUUACAUUGAAAGCAAGGCGCAUUGAAAAAAAAAGAAAAUAUUACAAAAGAUAGAUAGCAAGUCUGGUGUGUACAAAUCACUACCUUAUGAUUACAACGAUCAUAAUAUCACCUACUCCUGUUUUCUAUUUUUUG